AUGGCGACAGUACAAAUAAGGGUGUUGAUGAACCCUAAUUUUCUCGCUCUAGCCGUCGUUAUCUCUCUUCUCUUCGCGAUCUCUUCUGCAGAAGUCUUCUUCGAAGAGCGUUUCAAUGAUGGAUGGAGGAAUCGGUGGGUCAAAUCUGACUGGAAGAAAGAUGAGAACAUGGCUGGAGAAUGGAACUUUACCUCCGGUAAAUGGAAUGGAGACUCUACCGACAAAGGUAUCCAGACCAGUGAAGACUACAGGUUUUAUGCCAUCUCAGCUGAGUUCCCUGAAUUCAGCAACAAGGACAAGACAUUAGUUUUCCAGUUCUCCGUCAAGCAUGAACAGAAGCUUGACUGUGGUGGUGGAUACAUGAAGUUGCUUAGUGGUGAAAUUGAUCAGAAGAAAUUUGGUGGUGAGACCCCAUACAGCGUCAUGUUUGGACCGGAUAUUUGUGGCUACAGCACCAAGAAAGUCCAUGCUAUUCUCACCUACAAUGGGACAAACCACUUGAUCAAGAAGGAAGUCCCGUGUGAGACAGACCAACUGACUCAUGUCUAUACAUUUGUCCUCCGGCCUGAUGCUUCUUACAGCAUCCUCGUUGACAAUGUGGAGAAGCAGUCAGGUAGCUUAUACUCUGAUUGGGAUAUUCUCCCACCAAAGAAGAUCAAGGAUCCAGAGGCCAAGAAGCCCGAAGAUUGGGAUGACAAGGAGUACAUUCCUGACCCUGAAGACAAGAAGCCUGAGGGUUAUGAUGAAAUCCCCAAGGAGUUGCCAGAUCCAGAUGCCAAGAAGCCUGAGGAUUGGGACGAUGAGGAAGAUGGUGAGUGGACACCACCAACAAUUGCCAACCCCGAGUACAAGGGUCCAUGGAAGCCAAAGAAAAUUAAGAACCCCAACUACAAGGGCAAAUGGAAGGCACCAAUGAUUGAUAAUCCUGACUUCAAAGAUGAUCCAGAUCUCUAUGUUUACCCAAAUUUGAAGUACGUGGGCAUUGAGUUGUGGCAGGUGAAAUCUGGAACCCUGUUUGACAAUAUAUUGUUAUGCGAUGAUGCCGAGUAUGCCAAGAAGGUAGCUGAAGAGUCAUGGGGCAAACACAAAUAUGCUGAGAAGGCUGCAUUUGAUGAAGCUGAAAAGAAGAGAGAGGAGGAGGAACCGAAGGAUGAUUCAGUUGAUUCAGAUGCUGAGGAUGGUGAUGAUGAUGCCAAGGACGCAGAAGGCAAUGACACUGAUGAUGACAUCAAGUCGGACGCAAUGGAAGAUGAUGAUGCUUCAGUGGAUGAUGAUGUACAUGAUGAACUGUAG